GGCAUUCCCAUCACAGUGCCCUCUUACAUUAGGAAUUCCCAUCAGAGUGCCCUCUUACAUCUGGUUUCUGCAUCAGAAGGCUCCCUUACAUUUGGUGUCUCCCAUCAGUGUGCCCCCAUACAUCAGUUGUCCCCAUUAGAGUGCCCCAUUAUAUCAGGUGUGCCCGUCAGAGUGCUCCUUUACAUCAGCUGUCCCCAUCAGAGUGCCCCUUUACAUCAGCUGUGCCCGUCAGAGUGCCCCUUUACAUCAGGUAUCCCCAUCACAUUGCCACCUUACAUCAGGUAUUGCCGUCAGAGUGCCCCCUUACACUCAAAGUACCCCUUUCCAUCAUAUUUCCCCAUCAGAGUGCCCCUUUACAUCAUAUUCCAUCACAUGUGCCCCGUUAACAUAACAUGUGCCCAUCAGAGUGCCCCCUCAACAUAAAAGAUGCCCAUCAGAGUACCCCUUAACAUA